AUGCCUAAGAAAAGGCACCAGGCGCUAUACUCGAAGCCGCAGUCAACUGCCCCAUCAUCAUUGGGUGCCUCAGCUUCAGCCUCUUCUUCUUCCCAGAGCCAACGUAAGGGCGUCAACGAACUUUUGGCCGAUCUCCGUCGAUCCUCCCCCCGUGCUACCUCGACGGCAUCAGCAGCAGUAUCAGAAGCCACCGCUCCUACCGUCCCUCCAGCCCUCCGACAGAUCCUCCAGAUCCCAGAGACGCCACCACCACCACCCAGGCGUGCCCCGAGAUUCGACGCUACAGGCAGGAGGGUACCACCAGGCCCACCCCCUCCACGCAGCUGGCUGUCGCGAACGUCCAGCCAUGCCCAGCGCGCACACGCGACUGCCGCCCAGCGCGGUGCCCAGGCCAUCCAGGGCCUGCCGGGGACGUACGAGCCAGACAAAGGCAGCCUGAUGGACAUCGUCCUGCGCAGGAUGGCCCUGAACUGGGAACUCCAGAGGGACUACGACCAGUACUACCUGCACAUGUUGCCCAGCCGAGCCAGGGCCUCGUUGGCAAAAUACGUUGGCAUUUGGUAUGAGGGUGGCGUGUCCGCCGCGGACUUGCGCAACAUCCUGAUACCUCCUCCGCCUCCUCCUGCCUCGAGGUACGACGAUGGCAGCGAGCAUCAGCAGCCCCAGGUCGAGGCCGAAGCGCUCGUUUCCCUAAACAGCAACAUCUACUCCCUCGACCUGACGGGCUCGGUGGGCCACUCCAUGUCCGUCCGAGAGCUGUCGGACGUUCUCUUCCCGCCGAAGCUGGCGCGCGCAUCUGAAGUGGUACAAGACUCUUGGGACACUGCGGAAGCGCCGUCGCUGCCCCCGAAGCUCCUGCCCAACAUCACGCACCUCUGCCUUGCCGUCGCCCCCAGCGUCUACCAGCAGGGCGGCGGGCCCGGCGUGUCCUGGAGGCAGCUCCUCGCCCUCGCGGCCAAGCUACCCACGCUCACGCACCUGAGCUUGGCGUACUGGCCAGAGCCAUCUAUGACGCCCAAUGCGAAGUUUACCACGAUCGUCUCCCCCGAGGGCGUGGUGCAGCAGUACUCGGGUACAGGGGCGUACGCGCACACUCUCGACAACGACUGGUCCGAGGCCGUCAUCCUGUUGAGGAAGCUGAGCAAGUGCCUCUACGGGCUCGAGUAUCUCGAUCUGACGGGCUGCGGGGCGUGGUUCAAGGCCCUCAUGGCGAAUGUCGACGGGGACAAGGUCGACUGGGGCGGGCCAUGGGGCAAGGUCUCAACAUUGAAACUGAGGUACGGGUACGAUGUGAGCAAGGAUACACCGAUUGUGGACUCUGAGAGGUACCGCGCGGCGGCUGAGAUGGCCAGGUCGGUUGAAAAAUACAUUGUCGCACAACGAGCCGGGAAAGGAAGAUUCAUCAAUGUGGACAGUGAUGCUAUAGACGAUGCCUGGUGGCCCUCCAUGAGCUAG